CUCGAGUGCCUAGGCGGCCCAUGGAAAUUGCCGACCCUGGAUGCAUAUAAACUGACAAGCUGGCAAAGUCUACUCCUAGGUCAAAUCGGCGGUAGCAGAGAACGUCUAUGCUCUUUUCAUACCGCCUCGCGCGUGUUACGCCGUCCGUCCCAUUCUUUUGCAGAAGUUCCACCUUUAGCACCGCAGCUCCGAGGACUUUGCAUUCGAUCCGACACUUCGCGCACUCCGAGUCCCCACUUGCUCGACCAAGACACCCUGUGAUCAGACCGUGGCUGCAACGUGACCGCUGUUUCUAUAUAUUACCGUCGUUCGCAAUGGCGGAUUCUAAGGGUCGGAAACAGGCAACUCUGGGGAGGUUUUUUAGCUCAAAUUCCGACACCCCGCGAGAUGCGCCCAAGAAGCAAACCACGCUAGCUUUCUCGGGCAAGAAGAGCAAGACCCAGCAGACCACUGAGAAAACUCCCGAGCCGGCUUCUGUCAAUGAUGCUACAAUAAAAGACGAACCUAUGGAUGAAGCCAAAUCCUCUAGUGCCGAGCCAGAAGCCACGAAUCCGGACGAGAAGCAGGAUACCGCCGUACCGAAACGAGAAAACAGCAGCGAGGAUGAGGACAGCGAUGUUCAACCUGCACCCAAGCGCCGUCGGAGAAACUCCCAAGCGAAUGGAAAGACCCCCUCCCCAAAGAGCUCCCCGAGGAAAAAAUCCCCCGUGCUCAAGAGUCCCAAGAAGCAUACCAAAUCCACCCAGCCCUCCGAAUCUGUGAAAAUUGAGAAAGCCUCGGGGGAGAAAACCCCCGAGAAAGAGGAACAAGUAUCAGACGAGGAGGAAGCACAAUCGCUCAGUGAGGAUGAGGAGGAUGAGAAGCCGGAAGUGAAAAAGAAGAAGAUCGAGAAGGUGCAGGCUACGCUCAAAGCAAGCGGUAGUGAGCCUUAUCCCGACUGGAAAGCUGGGGAUCCCGUUCCAUACGCAGCACUAUGCACGACAUUCUCUCUAGUAGAGAUGACCACCAAAAGAUUGGUUAUUCUCGCUCACUGUUCCCUGUUUCUUCGGCAAGUCCUGCGCUUGACGCCACAGGACCUUCUUCCCACUGUGCAGCUUAUGAUCAACAAAUUGGCCGCUGACUAUGCUGGCAUUGAGCUGGGGAUUGGAGAGUCGCUGAUCAUGAAGGCGAUUGGUGAGAGCACAGGACGAAGCUUGGCAGUAGUCAAGGCUGACCAGCAUGAAAUUGGCGAUCUUGGGCUGGUCGCAGCCAAGAGUCGCUCGAAUCAGCCUUCCAUGUUCCCGCCGAAGCCCUUGACUGUCAGAGGUGUGCACGAGGGUCUUCUUAACAUUGCCAAGGUGCAAGGACACGGUUCCCAAGAUAAGAAGAUAUCCGGCAUCAAGAAACUACUCUCUGCAGCGGAUGCCGCAGCUGCAGGCAAGGGUGGCAAGGGUAUUGAUAUUACCAAGGAUAAGGGCGGACCCAGCGAAGCCAAGUAUAUCAUUCGUUUCUUGGAAGGGAAGCUUAGACUUGGGCUGGCGGAAAAGACAGUUUUAGUUGCUCUUGCUCAAGCUGUGGUUACACAUGAGGCUGAGCUUAGAGGGGAGAAGACACCUUCCACCGAGAAGCUGGCUCAGGGUGAGGCUAUCUUGAAGACUGUGUACAGCGAGCUGCCUGCCUAUGAGAUCAUUAUUCCUUUGAUGCUCAAGCAUGGUCUGUCCGAUUUACAUAAACACUGCAAGCUGCAACCGGGCAUCCCCAUCAAGCCUAUGUUGGCCAAGCCGACCAAGUCGAUCACCGAGGUUCUUGAUCGAUUUGAAGGGAAAGACUUUACUUGCGAGUAUAAGUAUGAUGGAGAGAGAGCUCAGAUCCACUACGUUGCCCCAAACUCUAUUGACCAGUAUCCUGGAGCAAGGGCCACAUUACAGAGUGAUAGCAAGGGCCUCAGCUCAAUCUUCUCUCGCAACUCGGAGGAUCUGUCCAAGAAGUACCCUGAUGUGCUUGCAAAGCUGAACACAUGGGUGAAGGAUGGCGUUACUAGCUUUGUUUUGGAUUGUGAAACUGUUGCAUGGGACACGGUAAACAAGAAAGUGUUGCCCUUCCAGCAACUCAUGACUCGCAAGAGAAAGGAUGUCAAAGCGGAGGAUGUCAAGGUCAAAGUCUGUGUAUUUGCCUUUGACCUGCUGUUUUUGAAUGGCGAGCCCACGGUCAAAAAGUCUCUGCGAGAGCGUCGCGAACUUCUUCAUGAGUCGUUUCAGACUGUUGAAGGCGAGUUUCAAUUUGCGCAGUAUGGAAAUACAAAUGUUGUAGACGAGAUCCAGAAUCUUCUGGAUGACAGUGUAAAGGCCUCCUGUGAAGGUUUGAUGGUGAAGAUGUUGGAUACUGAAGAGAGUGGCUAUGAACCAAGCAAGCGGAGUCGCAACUGGCUCAAGGUGAAAAAGGAUUACCUCAGCGGAGUGGGCGACUCCCUCGAUCUUGUUGUUUUGGGUGCGUAUCACGGAAGAGGCAAGCGUACAUCAGUAUACGGCGCCUUUCUCUUGGCUGCAUACAACACGAGCACGCAAACCUACGAAACAGUCUGCAACAUUGGCACGGGUUUCUCGGAAGCUGAUUUGGAAGAGCUUCAUAAACAACUUUCUCCCAUUGUCAUCGAUCGGCCCAAGCCGUUCUACUCUCAUUCGACUGUUCCCAAAGAUCAGCCGGAUGUGUGGUUCGAACCCCGGUUCGUCUGGGAAGUCAAGACUGCCGAUCUCACCCUGAGCCCACGUUAUAAGGCUGCAGCCGAUGAGUUUGCGGGAAGCACUGGCGGAGGCAAGGGAAUCUCCCUCCGGUUCCCGCGAUUCAUUAAAGGCCGAGAUGACAAGAAGCCCGACGAGGCGACAACGACUCGGGCAGUGGCGGAGAUGUACCGCAAGCAAGAAGCGGUGCAGAAGGAAAAUGCGAAGAAGGCAGUGGACGAUGAUUUCGAGUACUAGGCCGAGUUUCGGCUGGCCCUUUACUUUGACGUAUGCAUGUACAUAUAAUCUCCUCGUGGAAUCCCGGGCCCUUUGAGGUUGAAGUCCCAGCCCAUUGCAUAAUCGACAU